CAGGCGCUGAGCGAGCGGAGGUAACGGCACUAACGGCUGGCUGGAGGGAGGGCGCGCGCUCGGAUGGGGAGCGGGUAGGAAAUUAUGGAAGGUUAUGAAUGCUCCUAACGGAAGAAAGAAAACUCUGUUUAACCAUCUAUACAUGCUGCUUCUGGGAAUGAAAUCCCUCGAGCUAUUAACCAGAAAAUCUGGGAGACUAAAAAUGCUGUUGACAGAACAUUUUUGCAAAAGUCAAGUCCCGUGUGUGUGCCUGUGUAUCUCCUCCUACCUUUGCAGCAAGAAGAAAAAAGAGAAUGGUUAUGAGCAAGUUGACCAAGAAAGAUACAUGAACUUGGUCCGUUCUGUCAUAUCUUCCAAAGCCAGCCCUCAGACACCAGAAACAUUGUUUGAAGAAGAUAAUCUGAUAUAUGGACCAGUGAGUAAGUCUCCAGUUAAGGAUGUUGAAGCAAAAAUUCCAAAAAAUUGGGUCCCUCUGGUAAACUCCAAUAAAAGAACUUCUCCUCUAAACAGUGACCGAAAGCACCUGCUGAAAAUCGGUUUACAAAGGCACAAGGUGCCCAGUGUGACGAGUGUUCUUCAGCAGACCAUGCCUUUGGACCAGGCAUUCUACCUGAAGAGGUGGAAGCAGCGGAUGAUUCUGGAACUUGGAAAAGAUGGUUUUGCAGAAUAUACCAAAAACAUCUUCCUUCAAGGAAAACUAUUCCAUGCAGCUUUGGAAUCUGUCUUUUUGUCUGAAGAGGUUCCGUUGAAGGAGCAGGAAAAAGAUAACACUGUCUCUGGCUACUUAGCAAGUGUGCAGCAUGUCCUGGGAGACAUCAGUGGAGUAAAAGCUCUUGAAAGUGCAGUUCAUCAUGAGACUCUUCACUAUUUAGGCCUUGUAGAUUGUGUGGCUGAGUAUCGAGGCCAGUUAUGUGUGAUUGACUGGAAGACUUCAGAGAAAUCAAAACCGUAUCUCCGGAACACAUUUGACAACCCACUACAGGUUGCAGCAUAUAUCGGAGCCAUAAACCAUGAUGCUAAUUAUGACUUCCAGGUUAAUUGUGGACUCAUUGUGGUUUCUUAUAAAGAUGGCUCCCCUGCACAUCCACAUUUCAUGGACUCGGAUCUGUGCUCUCAGUAUUGGAACAAAUGGCUCCUGCGCCUUGAAGAAUACACAGAGAAGGAAAAAAAAACGUGCAAUUGAGACAAGUUAGAGGGGUGUGGUCUGAGCACAGAAGUGAAGCGGGAAGUCCUGAAUUUUAAUCUAGUCUCUGAUACUGACCUUCUUUGACCUUGAGCAAAUCACUUAAUAUCUCUGCCUCAGUGUCCCAUUUGUAAAUUGGGCCUAAUACUUGCCUACCUUACAGAGGUGCAAAGAGGAUUUAAUGGGCCAACUUAAAUUGGGCUGAUAUUUACAUUUUGCAGCAAGCCUUUAUAAAACCUGAAAUCAAUAGAAAUGUUCCCACAAUUAAAGAAAAAAUCCAGUUAAAAGUUUAUAUAAGCAAACUAUCACACUCUUGCAGUGUUUGAAACCUAACCCUUGCUGAACUGAGAACAUGAAAGUGAAAUUGACUCUGAACCAAAGCAAAACUUGCAUUGUCAGAGCUGAGUGAAAUGCAAACAAUAAAGAGCAUAAGUAGUGACAAGUAGAUUGGAUUUUAAACAUUUCAGCUCUUGCUAAUCUCUCAUCUGUUUACAACAUUAUGUUGACAGUGUCCCUCUGAAGCCAGAAAAACUGCAAGUGCUAAGAAUUAUAACUAAACCUGCAUUAAGCAAUCACUCAGGAUGUUAAGACAAAUUGGUUGCUUUAGCAGAAGUGGCCCCCAGAAGAGGAGCAGAAAUGUAAUUGGCAUAGCUGAAGACGACCCGUAAGAGCCCCCUAAGACAAGAGGUUGCUCUAACGACUCUCUCUCGUACAGGUUUCUCUGCAUCAGUACAAAGCUGGGUCUCUCACAUAAAGCAAAGUGAGAAUGAAACGGAGGCUUUGUACCUUAGGCCCCAAUUGGGCAAUAAGUUCCAUACAAAGACUCUUGUGCCAACACAGCUCCGCUGAUUUCACUGGGGUGUUGCAUAGAUUAAGGGGGCCCACCCAUGCAGAACUAAUUGCAGGAUCAAAACCUUGGGAUGUAUAUUGAUGACAGUAUGUUUUUCAGAAACCUUAUUUUGUGAUUUUGAAAUUUAAGAACUGAACCCCGAUGCUAGUUCUUAAAUAAACAAGUAAAAACGGCAACCAUAUCCUUCACGGACUACAAAGGCUUUCUGUUGACUAUGUUAAGUUGACUAAAUAACAAGUUUAUCGAUUAAUAAUUAGUCCUAAAAUACAGGAGUUACAUUUGAGACUCAUUUCAUAAAAACGAGUUUGUAAGAAGAGAUGGUAACAAGAUAGUGUUGUAAAUGUUGAAUAAACACUGAACAUUUCUUCUUA